UGCGCAGCAAAAUUAACAGUAACGAAAACUGGAAUAACUGCAAAGAAUUUGUGAGAAAAAAUCAUCUAUAUACACACACAUACAUAUCUACAUAAGUAUAUAAUGUUUGAAAAGUGUUCCUAAAAUGAUUUACUAGCUAAUUAUUGUGAAAGACAAUAAAUUUAAGUCAAAUAUAAAAAAAACUAAUUGUCAAUUUAAUGAACUUCCUUAGUGGCGGAUGCAAUUGUGAACAAAGAUUUGUUCAAAUUUGGAUGCUCUGGAUUUAUAACUACAGUUUAACCAGCUGAUCAUAAGAAGUUUUCAAAACGCUAUGUAAACUCAGGCUUCUUAGUCUACCCACUCUUUUAGUUCCUCGCAUUUUUACGAAAAUUAAUUAAGAACCAGUGUAGCGAUUUCAUACUAACCUUAUAUAUUGCGGUUGCUCCAUAUUCGGUUGCUCCAUACUCGAUUGAUUUAAAGAAAGCAAAAAUAAACUGGCUGAUAUUUACAACUUUUAAUUAGACAUUCAAAAUACAAUUUGAUUGUAUCCGGAAUCGCUAUAAAUAUUUUUAUUGUGAACUAGAUAAGAAAAAAGACUGAUAUAAAAAUCGGAUAAGAAUUAAAUUUGUUAUUGCGCUUGUAAAACAAAAUUGCGAAAAAAAAUAUUCAGCACUUAUGUGCAAACAUCAAUUGAAUGAAAAUUUGAAAAGGACACUGAGAAGAUACUAAAAAAAUUACGAAAUAAUACAAAAUAAAUGGAAUAAAAUAAACACUUUGACAACGUAUGCACAAAGUUGAAGUGAAAGCGGUAACAGGACUACCGAUUCUAAAGAUUUAAUUUAUCAGAAGUUAAGACUGAAAAUCGGCUCAAAUAUGCAGCCAACUACAAGUAUUCAAUUUUGUUGGUUUGCUGGUCUUGUGCUCUUGUUCGGGCAAAUAGUAGCGAGUCAAGGGAUGUUGUCUACAGAAGAGUUGCCAAGGACUGCAUACAGAAAGAAAUAUCCACAUAACUUUGAUUACAACUGUUUUAGGAAUGACGAACUACUACCAAAUUUCUCAAAUGUGAGAGAUGAUUCAAUUGGCCUGCAAGUUUCCGAUCGCGCCUUACACCAAGUAAUGAGUCGCAUUUUCGCUAUCGUUUUACGUGAAAAACUUCAUUAUCGUAAUGUCUCACUAGUGCCGCUUGUAAAUAAGGUUAAUGCGUCUGUCUAUAAAUUUGAAGAGAUCAAUUAUCGCAACAUAUUCGAUCAGCUGAGAUACUUGCCUGAUGGGAUUAUGACUAUGAUCAAUGUAGCUGUUUGGAUGCCAGCAGUUGUGCGAUCCAUAGUGUCAGAAACAGUUUUGGAAGCUGGCAUAUCAAUAACACCCGGACGUUUCGGCUGGUUUGUGCCGAAAAUACAAGUCGAUAUGCCGUUAGAGUUGGCCGCCUACAGUCUGCACUACAGCGUAUUUCUGAAUCAAACGCAUGGUGAUUAUGGACGUUACGUAGUACCGGUAGAGAUACUAGAUGAACUGCGUGUGGGUAAAAACUACGAGGAAUACAUAAGCCCAAAUUGCGUGGGAAAAACAUGUGUCACACUGUUGGCCGAGCACAAACCCGACACCGCCUUCGUCAUGCAUCAUAUAGCCAGUACAAACAGUUUCGUUAACGUGUUAUGGUUGGGUGCGGACUUUCGCGAGAAGCUGCGUCAACUGCAUGGCAAAUACCAGGAUAAGCUUAGUGCUGAAUUACGUCAUAAACGCUUUAUUGUGGUGCACUGGACGCCAUCCAUUGUGAUCGAUGGCGAAAUUGAGUUCUAUCAAAUCACUUUGCCGCGUUGUGAAGACUUGUCGAUAUUAUAUUUAACCGUCUGCAAAUAUGAGCUCACACCGGUACUCAAGUACUAUGAGCAAAGUUUGACCGACGAGCGCUUGGUGUCCGCUCUGCGCGAGUUUCAAAUAUCCGACCAUAUGCUUCAGCUACUACAGCUGAGCCCACACUGGCAUAGCAGCGAUACGAGUAUCGAGGACGUCUACAAUAAAGUGGCAUGCGAUUGGCUAAAGUCUAACGAGGAGACAUACAUGCAAUGGAUUAGCACAAAGUCACCAAUUACAUUAUAUAUCGGUGGCAUUUUUCCGCUAACGGACUUUAGUCGUGGUCAUCAAAAUCUCUCGAAAGCCGUUAGGCAAGCUGUUGAAGCUGUAAAUCAUAGUGGUUUGCUUAAAAAUUACAAUCUCGAUGCGAAGACUCACGACGGUCAGUGUAAAGCGGACGAGGUUAUGAAAGUAUUCAUACAUUAUUUUUCUAAGCCGCGUGUAUUGGGUGUGCUGGGUCCAGCUUGUAGUGAAACCGUCGAACCCAUAGCCGGCAUAUCGAAACAUACAAAUAUGGCGGUUAUAUCUUACUCGGCGGAGGGCGCCUCAUUUAUCGAUCGUCGUGCUUAUCCGUACUUCUUUCGUACGAUCGGUUCAAAUCGUCAGUAUGAGGACGUGUAUGUCGAGUUAAUGAAAUAUUUGGGUUGGAGGCGUGUUGCUGCGCUUACGGAGGAUGGACAAAAGUAUACCGAGUAUAUAUCGCAUAUGGAGACGGCUAUGAAGCAACAAAAUUUGGAAUUGAUUAUCAAUAAGAAGUUUCUAAGUGAUGUGAAGGUUUCGGAAAUGAACAAACAUUUGUUGGAUCUAAAAGAAAAGCACGCCAAAAUCAUUAUUGCGGAUAUACACAGCAGGAAUGCUGAGCUGGUGCUUUGUGAGGCCUUUAAUUUGGGUAUGACAGCUUACGACGGCUAUGUUUGGUUCUUGCCCUCAUGGAUAUCUAAAGACUGGAGUACUUUGGCUGGUAACCACAACUGUACAAAAGAGCAGUUAAAUAAGGCUACGGAAGGUCACUUCAGCAUAAUGCAUACACCUUUUGGUGAUCUGAAUGCUACCAUGCAGGAAAAUAUAACCGUACGAGAAUGGUUACACUCACAUUCCCAAACUAAUGAUGUGCUCUCCAAUUACACCGGUUACGCGUACGAUGCUGUUUGGGCUUACGCCUACGCAGUGUCAAAGUUGCUGACGGAGAACGAAGAUGCGGUAAAUAAUUUGCGUAGUAAAAGUGUGGUCACGCGUUUGGUACAGCUCAUUUGGCAGACAAAUUUCACGGGACUCUCCGGCCGUGUACAGUUCGGUCAAGGCGGUUCGCGCAUCACCGAUUUAGACAUCGUUCAAUGGCGCAAUACGCAAUUUCAUUAUGUUGGCAAAUUUAUUCCACGUGUGAUAGGCGAGGGCAAUCUUAUGAGUACCUAUGGUGGCCGUUUGCAGUUGAAUGAAGCUAAAGUGACAUGGCUGGAGAGCGGUGGUCAGCGACCAAGCGAUGGUACGUACGACUGUAGCUUUGCACUUUUAGCAAAAUUACUCAAUAAGGAUUGUGAAAGCGCAGCCUUCACGUUCACGGCUGUGGUGUGUCUUUUAUUUGUGGCAAUUGUAUCGUUAACAUCUUUCCUCUUCUGGAAGAAACGUUACGACAAGAAACUGAAGCGGUCAGCGAAAAUAAUGAAAAAUUUCGGUAUUGACUUGCUGGCGCCGUCGCGCAAUAAGAGCAAUACGCUUGACAAAUGGGAAGUGCCGAAAGAAAAUGUGGUGCUAAAUCGGCGUUUGGGUAAAGGUGCGUUCGGUAUGGUGUAUGGUGGUGAGGCGCAGAUUGGUGCUAGCGGUUGGACAGCAGUGGCAGUCAAGACACUAAAAGCAGGCGCCUCCACAGAAGAUCGUUUGGAUUUCUUAUCCGAAGCAGAGGCUAUGAAACGUUUAAAUCACAAUAACAUAGUUACACUCUUGGGUGUUUGCUUACAAACCGAACCAAUUUACACAAUCAUGGAGUUCAUGCUUUAUGGCGAUUUGAAGACAUACUUGCUAGCGCGUCGACAUUUGCUCAAAGAGAAGGUAACCGAAGACUCGGAUGUCUCGUCGAAACGAUUAACUAUGUAUGCCAUGGAUGUGGCACGUGGACUCGCCUACCUCGCCAGCGAAAAGUAUGUACACCGGGAUGUUGCAUGCCGCAAUUGUCUAGUGAAUGCGCAGCGUGUCGUCAAACUCGGCGAUUUCGGUAUGGCGCGCUCCACCUACGAGAGUGAUUACUAUCGUUUCAAUCGAAAAGGCAUGUUACCUGUACGCUGGAUGGCGCCAGAAUCUUUAACUUUCGGCAUGUUCACGUCCGCCUCGGAUGUGUGGGCUUUUGGUGUUGUGCUUUACGAGAUAAUCACCUUCGGUUCUUAUCCAUAUCAAAGCCUAACUAACAAUCAGGCUUUUGAAUAUAUUAAAAGUGGCAAAACUUUGCAAAUACCUACGGGUGCGAAGCCACAGUUAGAGGGUUUGCUUAAAGCCUGUUGGAGUCACGAGCCCAAAAAGCGUCCAACUGCUUCAGAGGUCAUCGAUCAUAUUUCGAAUUAUCCACGCUUAUUGACGCCUUGUCUAGAUGUACCGAGCGCUUCGGUGGAAAUGCCCGAAAUCGAAAGUGAUGAAGUGGAACUUUUACCCAAAUCACGUAAAUGCUCACCGUUCAGGUGUGACUCAACGCUGGAUAUUUUACCGCAAACCAAUAUCACGAACCAUUUUGAAGACUCUAAUGAUUUAAUCGGUAGUACUGAGUCAGUCGCGCAUGCAGACCUUGAAAUACCCGUCAGCUAUACAUUGGAUGUGUCUCCAACACAGCGUUUAAAUAACAACAACAAUAAUAAUAUAAUACAUAAUAAAACGUUCAGUUUGGAUGAUUUUCAAGCAACUACACCGGAUGGUUACAGCGUUAUGUCACCGUUAUUUACGCAUCGUAUUAGCGAAAGUUCGGAUUCCUCGCAGGCGAGACUGCUGAAGAAGUCCUCUUUGGAAACGCUGCAGCAGACAGAAUUCUGAUUAUAUGUAAACAUAUUCUGUUACAAAAACCAAAUCGUUCAAAUUUCAUGUAGUGAAUUAUGUAGACUUCGUUCGACUGAAGCUAUUGUACAAUAUUAGUCACUUUACUCGCCAACUUACCUGAUGCUUAUCGCCAUUUUUGUUUAGAUACCAUGCACACAUUUGUAAAUAUGCAUUUAUCUAUACUAUAUAUACAUCCUACCGGCAUAUAUGCAUAUGUACAUAAAAACAAAUUAUGAAAGUCAAUGUUAAUGACUUUCAUAAACUAAUUACAUAAGUAGGCUAGAUUAUUACAAGGACUUGAAGGUCAUUAAAUGAUUAUGUAGGCAAAAGAGUGCCAUUAAUAGAUAAUAAGUGGUUUCUGCGUAGUAUAUACUCUUAGUAGCAAACAUUUUAAGUCUAACUCUGUAACCACGCCCAUUUUUACGUUUAAAAGUUUUUACUACAGAUCUCAUAUAUAAUUUAUGUCUACUGGAUCUAUAAAUAUUCUAUUACCUAUGUAUAUCAGGAAUAGUGAAAAAAACUAAUCCCGUUUUCUAAUUUUCCAAUUUGCCAUCAGCGCCAGCGGCUGAACCAGGAUUGCAAACUUUUUAUUUCAAAUUUAAUUUUUAAUUAGCAAAUCGGAAUUAACAUUUUUUUUUUCUAAUCAAAAGCUGGAUGAGAUGGGGGUAAAAAGGAGAGAUUUUCAUAUUUCUAAACGAAAAACUAUAACUAAAAGUAAUUAAGUGUAAAUAAGACAAAAAGUGCUAAUCUAUAGUGAAAUUUAAUACCUUUUUUAUUAUUUUAAAUUUUACACCCCUGUCCGAAACGGAUGACAUUUGUAGUAGUCGUUUCUGGUUAGAACCUUAUGAACGUUGUCUAAUUAAAGGUUUGUUUUGUCAAAAAAAUAUUACAUCAGUUUGUGAUAUCACAUGUCAAAGUUAAUGGCUGGCAAAUAAUAUCGAUAGAGUAAUUCCAAACCUUAUACUUCUAGCCAGUUAGACAUAAUUAUAUUUUCAAGAAUAAUAAUUAUGUAUGCCGAUAUUAUCUUUUUCUGCGUGUCACAUACACAGCAUAAAACCUCCUCUAACGGUACCUAGAUCUUUGAUUUUCGAGUUUGUCUUGUAUGGAAUUUUAUUUAACUACAGCACUGUUAAAUUAGAUUUGUAUCAGAUAUUUUCACUAAGCAAUAAUCUAUGUACCUAAAACGCUGUGGUUCCUCUUAGUGUCAUGUGACACAUAUGUAUAUAUUACAUACAUAUGUAUGUACAAAUAAAUAUAGUAAUCAAGUCUUUACUUGGAUGUACCUAUUAAAAUCAUUUACUACACCUACUAAAAUAACACUAUUGACUAAAAUAAUUUACAACAAUAUUUACCUUUGGAAGAAGUACAAGUUUUUAUUUUUAUUUAUCAAUAUAAAACACAAUUUUUACUGCCUUUUGAAAGCCCUAUGUAUAAUAACAUAACUACCGUAAACUCAACCUCUUGCUAUAAAAUUAUACUGUUAGUUGACACCGACAGGCAUUUAUAACAUUUACACUCAUGUAGUGCCUAGUGCCGAAUAGAACAAACAUUGUAAUCGACGAAAAAGAGAUAAUCACUUAAUGAGGCACUUACAUAUUCUCUUGUGUUGAAUACAACCUCUAAGCAUUAAAAAUCAUAACUCAAAUGAGUUGUUACGAAAGCUUGAUGAGUAAAGCAAAAAAUUCUAGUAAUAGCAUAUAUUCGCUUAAAAAAAUAAAAAUUUCAAAAAGGUCGGCUGCCUUCGAGUCCACAAUCCGUUAGCUUCAGUUGUAAAAAAAUGUAAUUCUAAAAGCAAAGUUAGUUUUUGCUUAAGGAGAUUUCACCACUUUUCUAGAAAUCGCUCAUUUUGAGUUAUGAUAAAUUUUUCCUAUUUUUAAAUAUGAUUUGUUCUUACAUUGAAGAAACUCUGGCAAAUAUAUGGCCUUUGGAAGAUAUAAAUAAUUUUGUUGAAAUGGACAAUUUUUUUUAAUACAUGUUUUUUUGAACAUAUCGUUUACGAUAAUUAUAAUAUUAUUUAAAUAUGAUAUGGAGAGUUAGAGAUUGUCUCUUAUAUAUUGUAUAAACACAUACCUAAAUAAUACAUAUAAAAUAGUUUUUAACUUUACAAAAUCAGAACACUAACCAUUACUUUCGAGUUAACCAUCUUUUAACUUUAAUAAUACAGGUUGAAAUGUUUAUGAAGUAAAUUCAAAAUAUAAAGCUUAUAGCAACAAAAUGUCGGUCAACAUGUUCCAGAAAUUUAUUUACUUAAACACACUUAUGUAAUAUUUAUACAUUUUCAAAAUACUAGAGUAAGUAGUAAAAUAAGUUUGCUAAUUUAUAUGCUUUUAUGUAUCAUGAUACGUAAGUACAAAUGUAUGUGUGCUUAAGCAUAUAAAAUUAAGUGCAAAUUGUUCAUUAAGUUCCUAUUGUCUCGAAAAAGAAAAAUAUCAACAUACUAUUUACAUAUAUUUACACAUAAUGGUAAAGUUAAUGCUUCACACAACAAAAU